AUGGCAGUCCGGGAAAUAUACAUGCAUCUGCUGGAAGUGACAGAGGAUUCUAUACGUUAUUCCGUGAGACGACAUUAUGAGGAUGAUGCUUGUUUUCCAUUUGCAGGUCUUACUUCCCGUGAUUCGUGUUGUGAUGGUUAUCAAUGGGAGAACAACAGGAAAAGAUGUAUUCUUUCAGGAGAAUGUCCCUCUGGCUUCUUUGGUACACAUUGUGAGCGUCCUUGUAGGUACCCAAACUACGGAAAAGAUUGUCAAAGGGAGUGCGUCUGUCACAAAAAACUUUGCAAUCAUACAACAGGAUGCGUGAAUCCAGAUUUAACAAUUGAAGUCAAUACAACAUCUGGUAAUGUUGACAAUUCAACUGAAUUGCAGGAAGAAUCCAACUUAAAGAUUCUGUUCAUUUCUUCAAAUAUCACCAAUUCCCAAUGGAAAGAAAAAAAUUUUUUGUCAAUGUGGACAGCCAUAGAUAUAAAGCACAAAUUCAUGCUGAUCGGUGUGAUUGUCUUUGCAGUCUUGUUCCUUGCUAUCAUCUGUAUUUACUUAAAGAGAAAUUCUAAUAAACGUGCAAGUGUGCACUACUAUCAUUGUAAGAAAGCUCAGGGGUCAGAGCAAAGACAUUCUAAUGAAACAUUAGAUCUGUGAACAAAUAAAUAAUGAAAACUGCAUUUAUGAGUUAUCUUUAGAUUUUCAGCAAAAUUACAUCACAUGACGAGAAUAAACAUAGCCUAGCCC